UAGUUUUGGAGUACUUUUGAAGUGACUCUUGGCUGGUUUUGUAGCUGAUUUUGAAAAUUAGACCUGACAACCUUGCUGCAACACCACACAACUGUUGUUAAACUACAACAAAACUCCUUUUGUACACAGGACGCUCUAUGGCCAAGGCAAUAAUGUUAGAUACAGUUCCCACAUUUCUCUAAUGCACCUCAACAACAUGUUGGCAGCACCCGCAUGUGAGUGAAAGUAGUAGGGCGGCCUGAUGUAAGGAGCGCUUGGAUUGUGAGGAGUGAGACGUAGUGCAGCAGCUGAGGGCAGACUUCCUGCUUGUCAGGGUAGGGCUGUGAGACAAGCCGCAAUUACAGCUGACACAGAUCUGCUCUCAGCGAGACCACGCGGGACGGGGGGAGACUGAUUUAGUGAAGUAAAACUGUUAAACUACAGUCUACAGCGGCUCUGUAUGUCUAUCCGCGCGCCAUGUGAUUGUAGAAUGGGCUGCAGACGUGUGUGUCAGUAGAAAGAAGAUGAUUGGGAGAAGGAAUGGAACCGGUGACAGCGCCGUGGGCAGAGCCGGUGUGUGGAGCUGGGACUAUUUGAUCACCUGCUUCGCACAGGAAAAAGUUUGUGUGUCGUUCGUGCUGUGGCUCCUGUCGUGCCUCUUCUGGCUCACCUCCUGCUCCAUACAAUUUAACUUACGAUGUACAAGGAAAUCCAGUCAUGAGGCAACUGUUUUUUGGAAUAUAUAUAGAUUUUUUGGCUCUAUGUGUAACACCAUCGGAGCACUGCUGUCCCAGCAACUCGCUAUCCAGGUCAUUACUGGAUUCUAUAUGGCCAUAGCAGAUGUUGUACACUUUUUAUUAACCCUCUACCCUGCUUGUACCUACAAAGAUAGACCGCGAUCUAGCUGUCGUUCUCGGACAAGGAAAAAGUCGAUUCUGUCUGCUCUCUCAGUCACUUUAUUUGCAGUUGUUGGGUGUAACUUACUGAAUGCCCAUAAUUACGUAUCCUAUGAUGUGUCUUAUGUGCCACAGAGAAGGCUGCUUGAGUCUGCACUACAAGAACGCACUGACAUUGUGGGCUUCACACUGGGAAUUAUUGCUGUUAUUGUAACUUGGACAGCCAGGGUACCCCUCAUAACAAAAGUAUGCAAGGGGAAGGUGUUCCCAGUUCUGCAUAUCUGGGCUAUUUUGUUUUCUUCUCUCGCCAGUGUGAUGUAUGCAGUUUCUGUCAUGUCUCAUGACCGCCGUCCUGAAUACUUUAUAAGGGCCAUUCCUUGGUUUCUUAUCUCUUUGGGAGCUGCUGCUCUGGAUGUUGCUCUUAUGUUUCUGUAUUGCCUAAUGAAAAAUACGUUCAUACCUCCAAUGACACUGGUUUCUAUGCCAGUGGAUGGUUCAGACAAAGUUGAGUUGCUUGCACAGGAUGAUGAUGAAGAUGAGGAAGAAACAGAUGGAAACCACAAUCCUGCAGAAAAGAGAAGAAGGAAAAGUUGGACUCCGUUAAAUAUGAUUCCUGACAAAGGGCAGAACAUCAAGAAAGCACUUGGACGAUACGUGAGACUGAGCGUUGAACAGGUGCAAGAGGUAGGGACUGAAGAAGUGAGGUUACCUGGUGAUGGAGAGACUAACGCUGGGACCAACAAUGAGCCUAUUUGUUACCUAGACCUACCUGUAUAUCCACCGGAUCAUGUGACCGUAGCUCAGCUGUGCUCUGCCAGUUCUUCUGAGAUUUCUUCUUCUAACAAUGAACUGGAGGAGCUCAGAGACCGUAAAAUCCAUUUAAACCAACCGGUAUAUCGGAAUACAAAUGAACUGAAAUGUUUCUUUCACUCAUACGAGAAUUCUCAAGAUUAUAGAGCAUGUAAUUCAGCAGAUGCCUGUGGGACUUUAGGCAUUUCCCUUUGGGCACACCCAGUGGGACUUUGACGAUUUGGAUCCACAGUGGAGUAACAAUUCUUAUAUAUCAAAUAUUCAUCCCAAGGACAGCUCUGUAUUGAGCACUGCUACUGAAUAGCAACUCUGCCAAAUUGUUGUGAUCAGUCACCAAGGAUUAUACAGCCAAUAAAAGCAGCAAAUUGCAAGACUUUCACCACAGAUGGGGCAUCAAGAGAGAAGACUUCUGAUAAACUAUGCACCUCACCAACUAUAGGAGUAUUUCUUAUUAGAAAGCUUCAUUUGUCUGAAGACUAAUAUGACCAUGUUUCUUGGCAACAGUGAAUGCACAACAACAGCAGCAGCAGGAUAUUCUAUACAGGUCAUUAGAGAAAGUGUUUGAUGUUGACCUGUUAAUUGUAUUGAGUUGUGAAACACAAUAUCUGGAAACUGUAUGAUGAAAGAACAUCUUUUGGAAAGUUUCGGAAUAAACUUAGACAAACAUGAACACAUUGUUUAAGGUGCUUGAGCUAAUAUCUUUGCUUUAUUACAGAUUUGGAUUCAUAUUA